GCCAGGCGCUGCCCAACCAAACAGUGCGGGCAAAGCUCGUGCCGCCUCCAGGGAGGGUCUUGCUGCUCUCUGCCCUCAUGGCUUUUGCCCCCAUGGGCCCUGAGGCCUCGUUCUUUGAGGUCCUUGAUCGCCACAGAGCUUCCCUGUUGGCUACCCUGAGUAGAGGCGGCCAGGAGCCCUCGGGACAGGGGACUCGCAUGGCCUCUAGUGCUGAGGUUCUUGCAUCUAUAGAAAAUAUCAUUCAAGAGAUUGUCACAAGCUUGGCAAGGAAAGAGGCACCUGCCUUCAUCAUAGACAACAGAUCAAGCUGGGAAAAUAUAAAGUUUGAAGAUACUGUGGGUCUUCAGAUGGUAUCCCAUUGUACCACAAGAAAAAUCAGAAGUGAUUCACCAAAAUCAGUUCAAAAAUUUGCUCUAAUUCUUAAAAUAUUAUCCAUGAUUUAUAAAUUAGUACAGAGCAACACUUAUGCAACCAAAAGAGACAUAUAUUACACUGACAGCCAACUCUUUGGUAAUCAGACUAUUGUGGACAAUAUUAUUGAUGACAUUUCUUGUAUGCUGAAAGUACCAAGGAGGAGUCUACAUAUUUUGUCAACAUCCAAAGGGUUAAUUGCUGGCAAUUUAAGAUAUGUCGAGGAAGAUGGCACCAGAGUGAGCUGCACCUGUGGUGCCUCUGCUGUUGCUGUGCCAUCUAACAUUGAAGGAAUUCGGAACUUAAUCACAGAUGCAAAGUUUCUGUUAAUUGUAGAAAAAGACGCAACGUUUCAGCGGCUCCUAGAUGACAACUUCUGCAACCAAAUGUCGCCAUGCAUCAUGGUGACGGGAAAAGGAGUACCUGAUUUGAACACGAGACUUUUAGUCAAGAAACUGUGGGACCUGUUUCACAUUCCUGUUUUCACACUGGUAGAUGCUGACCCGUAUGGCAUAGAAAUAAUGUGCAUCUAUAAAUACGGAUCUAUGUCUAUGUCAUUUGAAGCUCACAACCUCACGGUCCCAGCUAUUAGAUGGCUUGGCCUCCUCCCUUCUGAUAUUAAAAGGUUAAAUAUACCUAAAGAUAGUUUGAUUCCACUUACAAAACGGGACCAAAAGAAACUUGACAGUAUCUUGAAGAGACCUUAUCUUACCUGCCAGCCGUUUUGGAGAAAAGAAAUGGAAAUGAUGGCAGACUCUAAAAUGAAGGCGGAAAUCCAAGCUUUGACCUCCCUGUCCUCAGAUUACCUUUCUAGAGUAUACUUACCCAACAAAUUAAAGUUUGGCGGAUGGAUAUGAAGUGACACGGCUUACUACUACUUUUAGUUGGUAAACCCUGUUAUGGAAAGAGUAUAUGUCCUCAGCUCUGAAAAAGUAGAACAAAACAAUCUUUCAUUAUAUGUUUUGUCAAAACAAAUGCUAUCCUCUAAUUUUCUUCAGAAAGCUUUAUUUUACCCUCCACAGAGCUUGGUUGCUCCCCUAUAUUCUAAAACAAAUUAUAGAAGAACAUACGUUAUUUUGACUUUUAAAUUGUACUUGAAAGAAUAUUUUACAGGUCAUAAAAGUCUAUAAAAUAUUUUCUUUGUCUUCUACAAUAUAACUAAUGUUCGGCAUGAAGUAGUUUAUUAUUAGUAAUAAUAAUAUAAAUUUGAGCUGUUGCAAAGCAA